ACUACCACCUGCCAUCUGCCAUGCCCGAGGCUGUUUCUGGGAGGGGCCAGCAGCUGCUUCCAUGCACUGUCCAAAGAUGUCACGCCUCCCAUCCCGUCUCCACUUCUGAAAUUCUUCUUUUCCAACCACACAUCAUCACCACUCUCCCUCACUACCUUAACCUGUGUCUGGAACAACUGACAUACAUCCAGCGCGAGCCUGCAUUACCAUCCGCCCUAAGCCCAGGAUAAUUCAUUUCAUCGAGACUGCCAUCGUACUUUGAAGAGGAUCGUAAUCUCCUUCGAGGAUCGCACAGGUUCCAUCGUGGGUGAAGCCACACAAGAAGAAAAAAAGGAAAAAAGUAGUAGUCCUGGCGACGACUCCUGCCAUUUGAAAGAUCUCCUCUGUGACCUUGGACGACUCGUCAAAAGGCGUCGCGCGCUCUGUUCGUCCCAGUAGAGAGUCAUCCAAAAACCCAGACUCGAUUUAUUCGUACAUUUAGAGGUGUUGUUCUGCAACAUUCGGGAUUCUCCUGCCUGCGGUCCGUAAAACAAACCAAAUCGCAACAGCUGUUGAUCGAGGGAAAGAGCGACCGACCGAGCCGUACCUGUCUGUUGUUUCCUCCCCAUGGGACCGACUGUGGCACCUUCCUCGCGUUGACUCCUUCCUCUUUCUGGACCUCGCGUACCUCCCUUCCUCCUGCGCGACCAGUAAACCGCACCUCGCGCAGUCCUUCUUUUCCCCACAGGUCGCAAAGGUGAAAGCACUUCUCGCUUUCCUUGCUGCGCACCGUCUCGCCCCUCCUACCUUCUUCUCCCACUCGUACUUCGCAACAAAACACCAUCUGAAGAAAGCCACACCGCCAUCGCCAUCGCCAUCGCCAUUGCCGUAUUUGCGCCUCGGCCUGCAAGAUGGCUACUGCUGCCCCUGUCGUGGAGCUUGAAGCCGCUCUCAAGGCAAUCUCAGACUACAAGGCUCCUGGCGUUACAGGCACUCGCAUUGCUGCUAUGACCAGCAUCUGUGUUCAAAAUGUUCAGUAUGAGUCGGUCCUCAUUCAGAAGUUGUUCACCUACCUCAAGAUGGCAACCCCUCCCUACAAGCUUGGCAUUCUUUAUGUUGUCGACUCGGUGAUCCGCAAGUGGCGUGAACAGGCUCUGUUCCAUAAGCAGACAACCGACGAGAACGCUGCAGAUGGCACUUAUGGUGCUGGCGUGUACCGACUGACUACGCUUAUGCCUAGCCUCAUCAAUGAUGUGCUUCGAAUUUUGCCUGAUGGCUACCAGGACAAACUGAAUAAGUUGCUGGAGAUUUGGCACAAGGGCGGCACUUUCCCACCUGAGAUGAUAGAGUCAUUCCAGUACAAGCUGGAUAUUACGCUUGUUCCUGCUCCAGUCCUGUCCUACACGCCGGAGGGUAGCCCCCCUCCAGACCUGGUCGAGCGGAUGGGCUACAACAGACCAGUGGCUGCGCCCUCUGCCCCUGCCCAGAUGUCUGCGCCAGACGCCACCAAUAUCCUGGCCAAACUACAGAAGCUCGCGAAAGCCUCGCAAGAGCAGAGUCUGAACAGCAUCCAGAAUCAGACUCAUGGACGGCCUCAUGAUGGCGGCCACAACCAGACUUAUGGGCAGCCUCAGCAUGAAGGUCAGAAUCGCCACAACAGCCAGGGUCAUGAUAACGGCCAACCCCAUAAUCUUGCCCAGCCCCAGAUUCCUGUCCAGGCCCAGAGCAACUCGCAGGUCCCGUCUCCUCUGCAGGAGCUGCUCUCCAAAAUCUCGACUUUCGGCCAGUCGCAGCCGCAGCCGCAGCCGCAGCCGCAGCCGUCGGUCCCUUCCAUGAACUCUCAGCAGUCCUCUUACUCCAUGGCUCCCUUGUCUGGCGGCAUCUCUGCUGCGCUAGCUCCGGCUCCGGCUCCACUGCCCUUCCCCCAGCUCCAGCCUCAGCCUGGUGGCAUGCAGUUUCCGGGCCUUCCUCAGAUGUCUCAAAUGCCUCAGUUGCCGCAGAUCCCUCAAUGGCCGCAGAUGCCGCAGAUGCCGCAGAUGCCGCAGAUUCCCCAGACUACCCAGUCCCUCGCUGGUGUCCCUCCCACCGCAGUCGAUCAAAUGACGAUGUUUCAGACGCUUCUCAACCAGGGUAUCAGCGCUGAACACUUGGCCGCUAUGAUCGCCGCGGUCAACGGCGGUCAGAGCGGUGCUGCUCCCGUUGCGCCUCCUGUUUCUGUGGCCCCAACCGUGACUGCUGCGCAGAACUACUACACCUCGGGACAGGGAUAUGGCGGCUCUGCUCAGCUCUACGGCAACUCUGACCAGCAUCGGUACAAUGACCGCGCGCGAUCCCCGGACCGACUCCAGGGUCGCUCUCGUUCGAGAUCGCCCGGCCGCCACUGGGACCAGCGCGGAUCUUCGCGAGACCCCCGUGAGAAUGGCGCUGAUUAUGGUCGUCGCUCUCCCGACCGAGGCCGUCACAAUAGUAGAGACAGCCGCCGAGGCAGCGACUACCGUCAACGUAGUCCGCCUCCGAGCCGCGAUGGCGGCCGCAGCAACAGUUCUCGUCACGGUUCGAGCGAUAAGUGGAUCGACUAUGAUCAAUCUCUCCCUGAGGGCCAUAUCAAGGUUCUUAGCAGAACCCUCUUCGUCGGAGGUCUCAAUGGUAUGCCAGAGCGUCAGAUUCGCGAUAUCUUCAGCCGUUACGGCCAAGUUCAGACGGUCAUCAUUAACAAAGAGGGACGUCAUGCCUUCGUGAAGAUGACAAACCGCCCCGACGCUGCCCGUGCCAAGGCGGCCAUGGAGAAACUGGCUGAACAGCGAAGACGUGGUGGUACCCCGCCGCUCCGAGUCAGAUGGGGCGUGGGCUAUGGUCCUCGUGAUGCUUGCAACUAUGGCAAAGGCGUCAGUGUCAUCCUGAUCGAUGUGCUCACCGACGCAGACCGCAAGUGGAUGUUCACCGCUGAGUAUGGCGGCACUGGCGGCAAGCCCCUCACGUCGGGCAUGGUGGUCGAGGAGCCUGACAUCGAGAUUGGCGCUGGCGUAUCUUCCAAGGCCAUCAGCAAGCACAUGAAGACGGACAAGAGCGGUAACAACGGUCCUCGUUCUACCCGUAGCGGACGCGAUGCCAGCCGUGAUGACCCUGGCCACUGGCAAAGUGGCCGCAAAGAUGCCAAAGUCUCUGGAGCCAACGCCCAGCCGCUUCCCCAGCAGUUCCCAUUUGGUAUCGGUACCUUGCCCAACGGCAUGCCUGCGUACCCUCCUGGCUUCGCGUUCCCCGCCUCCAAGGGCAACUAAAUCUCUUUUGGUUCUCUCACGUCCUUAAACCCUUGUAUAUAGGACGGAUACCAGGAUUGAUCUGUAUUUUGGCGUCUUUGGGCCUCUCGACUUCUUCGGAUUGGCCUGCCAUGACUCACGGCACGAUUCACGGCUGUGCAUUCACGCGGCGUUCACUUGGCGGAAAUGGUAAACGGACUGGAAAGGGGAAAUACCCGCAUCAAAAGCAUUGAACUUGCAUUGGAGAAAUGGGAUGCGAGCUCACUUUGGGCAUCCACAGAAACGAUAUAUCACCGGACUUUGGGUCAUGAGGGUUGGUAACCAGACUCUGGGUCUUAGUAGACUACUGCCUCACUCAUGACCUGGCUGUAAUGUAACUUGGCCUUGAUAGAAAGGACUCACCUGGUCUAUAACAAUUUCGUAUGAUGAUG